GAUCUAGUAGGCGUUUUUUUUUGCUGAAUGUAAACAAACAAUCGAUCAAAGGUGCUGGUUCCCAGUUGCUGCAUUGAAGAGGCCAAACACAGGCCCAAUUGGGGAAGCUGGAACGAAAAUGAAGCUAUCACUCCCGCUGCAAGGAUAUUUUGAUCUCCUGAAACAUCAACCGGGCGAGAAAAAGUUCGUCUGCAUCAACUGCGGUCGUCCCGUGGCCGGCCUGUAUCGUCAGAUCAGUUCCACAGUGCUGAAAAUAAUAGACUGUGAAAAAUGCAAGAAACCAGCCGACAAGUAUAUCGAGUUUGAAGUGCUCAUCAUACUGAUCGAUUUAAUACUGCUUUCCAAACCCGCCAAUCGACACAUCCUGUACAAUUCGGAUUGUAAGAAUCUGUGGAAGAUCGGCGUCAUUCUCAUACUGCUCGAAGCGUACUGCUUCUGGACGGAUGCGUUCGGGGGGAUAACGAGCAUCAGCUACCGGUCACACGUGAACGAUCCGUUCCUGUCCGAGAGAGGGUUUUACCUCUCGGCCGUUCACUUCGUGGCUGGAUUCGUGCUGCUGUACGGGUUCAUUUAUUUGUUCACCCGUGCCCUACAUCGUACCGUGCCGCAGGUUGCGGGAAAUGGGAAAACUUACCCGCACAUGCUGCUGCACGGCGUUAUUCUAGCUAGCAUAGUCAAGUUCCUGUUCAUUCCCAUCAUCAUCUGGAAGGAGAACGCAACCGAGACCGGUAUGGCCAUCCAUAUCGUGCUGGUGCUGAUGUACUUUGUGAUAUCGCUCGUACAGAUACACUCGGUCGUAAGUGACUGUGCGCGGUCACGCUCCUGCUUGAUAGUGAUGCUAGCGUUCAUCGUGAAGGCAUACUUUUUGACGCGCGUGAGCGUAUUUCUACAGGAAUUUAUUUAAUAAAACAAACCUACCUAUAUUUCACA